AUGACAAAUCAACCUGACCCUUGGAAUAAUCACCAAAGACCGUUGGGGCAACACCGUCAACCUCCUCCAGUGUUGCCCCCUCCCGCUACCUUAGAAGCAAGUGGCCAAAAGUUUUAUCCCUUACCUAUUCCAAGUUUAGGAAACGGAUCUGGUCAUUUGCAAUCGACUCAUACAUUCAAUAUUCCCUCCAUUAAUCCUGCAAGCGAGUCACCGGUUCAAGAACAGAGACAACUUCCUCAGCAACAGGGAAAUCCUCAACCUCAACCUCAACCUCAACCCCAAUCCCAAUCCCAGGCGCAACCUCAGGCUCAACACCAGGCUCAACCCCAACCUCAAUCACAGCCACAAGCACAACAACCUCAGCCACCCCAACCACAGCAACAAUCCCAACCUCAUCAACAACAACAACAGCAGCAGCAGCAACAGCAGCACCACACCCCACCACCUCAGCAGCAGCAACAGGAUGCCAAAAGACCGUCAUUUUCACUCCCAAUGCAUCAAUCUUUGGUAUCCUCGGUCAUCAACGCUAGUCAAGGUCAAGGUGGUCUGGAGGCUAGCGGGUUACCAGGUGCGAAUGCUCAAAAUGCCAAUGCAGCAUCUGUCAUGGGCCAAACAUCGCUGUUGAUGUCUCUGGCAGGCGUUCCAAACCGCCUAGCAAGUACUAGCUUUUACAGACCUUUGAAUGUCAAAGAUGCUUUAUCCUACUUGGAUCAAGUUAAAAUCCAAUUCUACAAUCAGGCGGAAGUUUACAACAAUUUCUUGGAUAUCAUGAAAGAUUUCAAGUCGCAAACCAUUGAUACACCUGGCGUGAUUGAUAGGGUUUCUACUUUGUUUAGAGGACAUCCUAACUUGAUCCAAGGAUUCAAUACGUUCUUACCUCCUGGGUAUCUUAUUGAAUGUUCACUGGAUCCUUCUGACCCCAAUCCAAUUACGGUUACAACUCCGACCGGAACUACCACAAAACCAAAUAUUAGUGGGUUCAAUGUUUCCUCGCAACCACAGAGUCAACCUUCGGUACAGGGACAGGGACAACAACCCUCAUAUACUCUGGAUCAAGCACAGCAGCAGCAACAGCAAUCUAUUGAAACUGCUUCUGCUCAACUUCAACAGAAUUCUCCUCAACAACUUGAAACUCCAACAGCAAACAGUCAAAUUGAAUUUAAUCAUGCUAUUUCAUAUGUGAAUAAGAUCAAGACAAGAUUUGCAUCUCAGCCUGACAUAUACAAGCAGUUUUUAGAGAUCUUGCAGACCUAUCAAAGAGAACAGAAGCCCAUUGGUGAAGUCUAUGAACAAGUUACUGUUUUAUUUGCUCAUUCUCCAGAUUUAUUAGAGGAUUUUAAGCAGUUCUUGCCUGAUACUUCUAAUCAGGCGCAAGUACUGUUGCAAAUUCAACCACAACUCCAAGAAGCUCACGCUCAACAACUUCAUGCUUCCCAAGGUUAUGCUGCUCAAGGGUAUGAACAACAACAACAACAGCAGCAACAACAACAGCAGCAACAACAACAGCAGCAACAACAACAAUUAGGCUUCUAUACCGCUGUUCAACAAGCGCAACAAUUACCUCCUGUGGGCAACUUUCAUCUGAAUGUUCUUGGUAAUGCUGGAUACCCUGGUGAACAGUUUGGACAACCAAAACAGGCAACAUUCCAAGCUGUUCCCCAAGCUAAGCCAGAGGCUGGAAAGUUCCAAUCUAAUGAGCCUGUAGGAGGAGGUUCAAAGAAAAAGAAGUCCACCACUAACAAUCAAAUCGCUUCCGUUCCAACCGGUGAAAACAUUCAAUUCCAAGCAAUGGCCAACCAAGAUGCUCAGUUCUCCAAUGUGCGUAAGCCUAUUCAACCCACUACUAAAGGAGGAGCUGGUAAAAUCAUGGGGGGGCCCGCUGUGCCACAAUCAAGUGCUACUGCUGGUCAAGGAGUUGUCGGGACUUCUACUACCAAGAAUGGGAACGUUGUUGCUGCUCAUCCUACGUUAAUUCCUGGAAUACCCGAACCUAUUUUACCCACCUCGUCCAAUAAGACAUCCACUUUAUCAGAAGAAAUAUCAUUUUUUGAUAAGGUUAAGAAAGCCAUUGGGAACAAGCAAACUUACAAUGAGUUCUUGAAGGUUUUAAACUUGUAUUCACAAGAUAUCAUUGAUAAGAAUAUUCUUGUUCAGCGUGUGAGUGGAUUUAUUGGUGAUAACCACAACGAUUUGAUCACUUGGUUUAAAGCGUUUGUUGGAUAUAAUGAAGGUCCACAACACAUUGAAGAGAUCACUUUUAGAAAGCACCAAUUGGAAUUGUCGUUGUGCAAGGCUUAUGGUCCUUCUUACAGACAACUCCCCAAGGCAGAGACUUAUAUGCCAUGCACUGGUCGUGAUGAGAUGUGUUGGGAAGUCUUAAAUGAUGAAUGGGUUGGUCACCCUACUUGGGCCUCCGAAGAUUCUGGGUUUAUUGCCCAUAGAAAGAACCAAUAUGAGGAAAUCUUGUUUAAGAUUGAAGAAGAACGAUUGGAAUAUGAUUACUACAUGGAAUCCAAUUUGAGAACCAUUCAAACGUUGGAAACCAUUGCUAAUCGAAUUGCCAACAUGACUCCCGAACAAAAAGCCAAUUUCAAGCUACCUCCCGGAUUGGGACACACCAGUCAAACCAUCUACAAGAAAGUGAUUCGGAAGAUUUAUGAUAAGGAUCGUGGAUUUGAAGUCAUUGAAGCUUUACACGAGAACCCAUCCAUUGCUGUACCCAUUGUAUUAAAGAGAUUGAAGCAGAAGGAUGAAGAAUGGAAACGUGCUCAAAGGGAAUGGCACAAGGUUUGGAGAGAAAUGGAACAGAAGGUUUUCUACAAAUCUUUAGAUCAUCUUGGGUUAACUUUCAAGCAAGCGGACAAGAAGUUACUUACAGCCAAGCAAUUGAUAAGUGAGAUUAGUACUGUUAAAGUUGAGCAACAGAAUAAGAGAAUUCAUCCCUUAACUCCCAAGGCACAGGAACAGUUGAACUAUAAGUUUGAAGAUGUUGAUGUGUUGAUGGAUAUUUUACGUUUGGCCGAUGUUUACAUCAACAAGUCGUCCAAUUAUUCCGCCAAUGAUCGGGAGAAGCAAUGUAAGUUCUUCAGGUUUUUUGUCUCCUUAUUCUUUGGCAUUCCGACGGAAACCAUUGAAGCAGCCAUGGCCUCAAGAUCCAAGACUUCUGAUGAAAACGGAAGUACGAUCACCACCACUAAUUCUACCAGCAGUAGCACCACCACCACCACCACCAUAGAAGAAGUAUCGACUGACAACGGUUCAAGUUCAAGUUCAAAGAAGAGAUCAAGAGACUCUGAUUUGCUACGUGAUGUCUUAAGAAAACAGUCUAAGCAACGUAAGGACGAACACAAUGAAACCCCCUCAUCAUCGUCAAACGACGUUGCCACCGUGGACUCUGACGAGGGAGGAGCAUCGACCAAUGACGAAGGAGGAGAGGGAGAAGCAGAGGAGGAAUUAUGGAUUAAGGUUGCACAGUCCAAAGUGGCUCCCUCAGAAGAUAGAAUUGAACAGCACAGACGGGAGAAGUACAAUCUUUUUUGUAACACCACGAUCUAUGUGUUCUUCCGUCAUUUGAGGUACUUGUAUGAAAGACUCUUGGAGAUCAAAAAGUUGAGUCCUGAAGUUCAAAAAGAGAUUAAAGCCCGAAAGAUUCCGCAGUUUGCAAAGGAUUUAAACCUUGUAGCCCACCAAUUAGAAGACAUGGGCAUAGUGCUAACUGGUGAUAGUGAUUGUUAUAAUCAAGUGCUCUUAUUGGCUGAACGGUUGAUAGAAGGAGACUUUGAACAUCAAUGGUUUGAAGAAGCUUUGAGACAGGGGUUCAGAAACAAGGCCUACAAGGUUUACACUGUUGAUAAGGUUGUACAAGCAAUGGUUAAACAUAUGCAUACGAUGAUCACCGACUCCAAGACAUCGGAGAUGAUGGUUUUGUUUGAACAAGACAGAAACUCUCCCACCUCCACCGCAAAGGAGCAAAUUCUCUACAGAAUUAAGGUAAGAACGUUGAUGUCCAAUGAAGAAAAUAUGUUCAAGAUUUCGUUCAAAGAAGGUGAAAACACAGUGAACAUUCAAUUUGUAGGAUUGGAUGAUUUGACUAUCAAUGAUCAUGAAAAUGCCGAACAAGAAUAUAACUAUUAUGUUACCAGUUAUGUGAUGAGCCACCCCACAGAGGGUGUCCCUGCUUCCAAGAUCAACAUGCCGUUCUUAAGGUCAUUUGUUGAGAAUGUACCUGAAGAGCAGAUUGAAGGUCGUGCCAGUUCUGGACUCAAGGUGUUUGUUUGUACCAGUUCGUACCGGUUAUUCUUUGAGGCUGGUUCCAGCGAUGAGUUCAUAGCCAAGUCGACCUACGUUCGGCCAGCUGAAACUUCCAGCGCUACCACGUCGAACGCUGAAGGUAUUACGGCUUUAGCAAAGUAUGUGGAGGACAAAGAGACCGGCUGGAAACAUCUGUUGGAAGAAGGACUCAGCGAAGAAGAAGCCACUUCCAGAAUUGACCUUAUAUUUGAGAAGGGAGCCAAGGGCUUAUUGGAGCAUUCUCAAGCCGAUGUUGAAAUGACAGAACCAGGUAAAGCUGAUGCUGAUGCCACAGUGGUAAAUGAUACUACCAUCCAACAUGACAACGACACCACAACCGAUGAUACUACUGCUAACCAUGAUUCAAUGGAUAUAUCGGGUGCCACUGAAACUGUCACAGAGACUGCAACAGAAGCUCCUGCUUCCGAGGCUGCUGCCCGUGAGGCUGCUGCAACAGAAGCCACUGCUUCCACUGCUUCCGCUCCAACCACCACAACUGAAUUACCACAACUGAAUUAA